UUGCAUGCAGGCACACACACGCUUUUGCCUCCCAGUCCCUGUAAAACUUUCCUCCGACUUUUCUGGCCUAAAAGCACCGUGUUUAAGUGCAGUCCACUGAGGGUUUCUGAAUAGCAAUCAAACCUCACAGCGCUGGUUAACCGACCUCUGGGCUUGCAGUGCAUGAGGCUCCACCCUCAUUUAUGAUUAAAUAAGCAGCGAUCUGCCAGAACUUCUCUUUUCACCGCCUCUGCAGUGUAACAGUUCUGCUCAAGCGCUCGGAGAGAUGGCUUUCUGGGGAAUCGUCCUCGGCACCCUCCUGGCAAUCUCAGUGGGGGCGCUUUACCUCUUCGGGGCUUUCCGCAGGAGGAGACCGAAGGAGCCACCUUUGGAUAAAGGCCACAUCCCAUGGCUGGGACACGGGCUGCAUUUCAGAAGGGAUAACGCCAACUUCCUGCAGAAGAUGCAGGAGAAGCACGGGGACAUCUUCACCACCUUGAUUGCAGGACAGUAUUUCACGUUUCUGAUGGACCCCCUCUCGUUCGGGGCUGUGGUGAAAGAAGCAAGAGCCAAACUGGACUUCAUUUCCUUCGCUAAGGAGCUCAUCCUGAAAGUGUUCCACUUCCGUCCUAACGAGGACACGCACAAGCUGAUGCAGGCAGCCAGCACAAAGCACCUGAAGGGCAACGGGCUGGAGGAGAUGACGCAAGCCAUGAUGAAGGGGCUGCAGAGGGUGAUGCUUCACAGCCUGGGCUCCGCAGAAGAGCAGAAGCCCUGGGAACAUGACGGGCUCUUCCACUUUUGCUACAACAUGGUCUUCCGGGCGGGAUAUCUCGCCUUGUUUGGAAACGAGCCCAUUCAGUCUGGAAAAGAGAAAGAAACUGCCAAGCAGUAUGACUUGGCGCACUCCGAAGAGGUAUUUGUGGAAUUCCGCAAAUACGACCAGUUAUUUCCCCGGCUGGCGUACUCCAUGCUGACCUACACAGAGAAGCAAGAGGUGAAAACCCUGUGGCAGUUCUUCUGGAACCUCCUGUCCGUGAAGCACAUCUACCAGAAGGAAAACAUCAGUGGGUGGGUGCACGACCAGCAGGAGGGACUGGCAGAGGGAGGCAUGCCCGAAUACAUGCGGGACCGCUUCAUGUUCCUGCUGCUCUGGGCAGCUCAGGGGAACACUGGCCCGGCUUCCUUCUGGCUUUUCAUGCACCUGCUGAAGAACCCCCAGGCCAUGCAGGAGGUGAAAAGAGAGGUGGAUCGAGUCGUGAAGGAAUCGGACCAGGAGGUGAAGCCAGGCGGCCCGGUGCUCAGCGUCACCAAGGAGAUGCUCAGCAAGUGCUCGGUCCUGGACAGUGCUGUGGAGGAGACGUUGCGGAUGUCGGCCGCACCGCUGCUGAUCAGGGCGGUGAUGGAGGACAUGGAUUUCCUGAUGCAGGACGGACGCGUCUACGUCCUGCGCAAAGGAGACAAAAUUGGGAUUUUCCCAUAUUUGUCCCUGCACAUGGAUCCAGAAAUCCACCCGGAGCCCCAGGUUUUCAAACACGACCGCUUCCUCAGCCUCGAUGGCACCAGAAAAGAAUUCUAUAAGAAUGGGAAAAAAGUGAAAUAUCCCACCAUGCCUUGGGGUGCAGGCAUCUCCAUGUGUCCCGGACGCUACUUUGCUACAAAUGAGAUCAAACUCUUUGCCUUCAUAAUCCUCUCCUACUUUGAGAUGGAGCUGGUGAACCCGGAGGACGAGGUCCCAUCCAUUGACACGCGCCGCUUUGGGUUUGGGGUCAUGCAGCCAGUGCGUGACGUUCAGAUUAGGUAUCGACUGCGUUACUGAGCAGUGAGGGUUUGGGUUGCAACUGCUGGGCCUGAUUUUACAUUUGUGGGGGAAAUAAUGUUAAGAAUAUACUCCUGCCUGAUCCACAGACCAUCUGCCAAGGCCCUUCCUUCUCUGGGAGCCCUCUUCGAAAGAGGUUAGAAGACCCUCUAACCAGGGGAAGGGUCUUUUCAGUGGUGGUGCCCUGACUGUGGAAUCUGCUCCCCAGAAAGCUGCGCCUGGAGCCGACUCCUUAUUCUUCUCAGCACCAGGCCAAAACUUUUUCAUUUGCCCAGAAUGUUAAUUGUUAGAAUGCUUUCAUAAAUUGUUGGUUGCAGUUCCAUUCAAGUGCUGCUGUGGGUUUUACUGUCCUUGUUACUGCUGUUUACUCCUUUUGUAAGCCAGCUAGAGAUCCUGUUUGGAUAUAGGACAGGGUAGACAUGUUCUGAAUAAAUAAAUAAGCAGGAAUUGACGGUCUGUCUUUGCCCACAGAGGCAAACUUGUCGCCGCAUAGAAAUGUUUCCUAUAUCAAUCCUUUUAGCAAUCACUUUGCAAUUACCCAUGGCUGUGAGAUAAAACUCAAACCUCUCACUUUUCUUUUUUACAUUUGAAAAAGGAGAAGGAGGGGAAAUAGGAACAUUCCAUGUUUCAUUAGGCUGUUUCUCCCGAUGGCUUUUUCUCUAUAUGUCUCCAAAUCUUGGAACUGUCGGUGCCUGGUUGAUGCAUUCCUUGUGUGUGAGGAUGGUGCCACUGGGGACAUGAAAUGAGAAACAGAAUACUGGCAACAUUUUAGGCCGGAAUACGGAGCCUUGUUAUCUGAAUGGAGGUUAAUAUGAACCCGCUUCUAAAGGCACAUGAGGCGCAUUAAGUUCAUUCUCGUAUUAGCUACUGCAGUGCAAAGCAAGAGGUGGGGAUUUGCAGGAAAACUUUGGUGAACUGUGUGUACAAGUUUGUGCAUGCACACACCCCUACCUUUUCUCCCCCCCCCCAUCCGUUUUGCACCUGCAACGCCUUCCCACAACACCUCCUGGCAAUUGGGGCUGGAUGGGCGCGAUGGCGACAAGUUCCAACCAGGUGCGCUGAGCAGCCACUUCCAGUUUUGAGCCAGGGCUUAUUAAGGGGACAAAACCAGGCAGCUCGGACAAGCCUUUGAGUUGCACCACAAAGCCCUACAAGAUCCCAUGGAAGGAGCAUGCAUUGUCCUGAUGUUGACACAGAAAAUGGAGGCCUGAAAUUCUGUUCUUACUCCCUGUAGAACUUUAGCACACUUGCAGGCACGAGAGCGGCAGAAAAUUCUCUCCAGCCAAUGCUUCAGUGGCUUCUUUCUGUUCAACUAUGUCAUGUCGCUUUAUGCUUUUCAAAUUUAGCCAUAUAAGGUAUCACAGACUGCCUUCAGGCAGUCUUCUGGCAAGACUAUAGAAGAAUGUAAUCAAACCAGUUUGGAAGAGGUGAUUUUAAAACUGUGUAGCAAGUAGCAGCAUCUCCUGGGAAGGAACCGAGGAAAGAAGAGUAAUGUUUUGGUAAGAGUUUACUCAGUCCAACAGCUUUCCAGAAUUGUUCUGAAAACAGAAGGGUCACUGGUUGGAGUUACACAUCAUGUGUAGUCAAGGCUGAAGAAAGAUCAAGGAUGCCGAACUUUGAUCUUGUAAUCUGGGUAAUGAAUUGUGCUGCACCAGGUAUUUGGUUUCUGCUUUCUUUUUCUUCAUGUAUGUCAAAUAAACUUCAGCUACAGCUUCUGAGAAAC